UGCCAGCUACAGUGUGCAGAUGGCACCAGCUUGUUCAUCACAGAUGACACAUCAAAUAUAAACCAACGUCACGCUGAAUUCACGACCCAUAAGGGAUUCAUUCGGAAAUUUCUAUUGAACGGGGCGAACGCGAACAACAAUUCGUCGAACAAAUCAUCGAUCACGCAGCCAGCCAUACAUAAUAGUUAUUUCGUAUCGAAUCAUAGCCGGAGAAUUCCGUCUGUAAAGUAGAUUAUGUGUCGCAUAGUUGUCAAAGUGUAGUCAAACACAAUAUGUAAGUUUUCAUAGUUUAGCUGUGUACUGUGUACAUAACCUAAUUUCGUGGAAUUCAGAAUUUUGUAGCUUUCAUCAAGCCCAUUUUUGCAAUAAAUCGUUUGUAUGAUGACCGCUUGACUGCUCACUCAAUUCCCCUGGCUUCACCCUGAUUAACAAGACACAAAUAUCGACAGUCUCUUCCCCGUGGAAUCAACACUACAAAAUUAUAUUUUGGCUUCGUUGGUGGGAUACACGUGGUUCCGCACAAUUACAAAGUGCGAACUUUCAUCCCAUUGGUUUCGCUGGUGGAAGGACAAGGAUCCAAAUCACCAUCAAUUGGACAUCUGGCACGUUUAUCGCCCAUAAAUCGUACAUCAAUAGUUUUCGCUGGAUCUCGGGCAUGUUUAUCGUCCGAUAAUCGAGUGAAAGAACAUCAGUUGGACUUCGGACACGUUUAUCGUCCGUCAAUCAGAGAUUUCGCUGGAUGCUGGGCAUGUUUAUCGUCCGAUAAUCGAAGUAAAAGGAAAAACCUCUAUCAAAGGAUUUCGUCGGCUUGUGCCCAUUACGGCUCAUCGACUUCAAUCAAAUAAAUUCCCAGUGAAAUUCAGGCACAUUUAUCGUCCGUCGAUCAAAAUUUCAUCGGUGGCCAAUACAGCUCAUCACGGAUACGAGUUUGAUGUCAACUAUAAGCCGGCGACCAAUCGUCACAAUCAGUCUGGGUCAAUGUCAACGCAACAACGGUCUGUGAAAAGCUCACAACAAACAGCCGUAACGAAUGCACCGAAUAUUCUCAAGACUAAACGCAUCACAAUGGCGACAGCCGCAAUGACAUCAGUCACGUUCAUUGUCCGACGAAGGAAUUCUCAUGGGUUCGCGCCAAUUGAGGCUCGUCGACCAAGUUUAUCGUCCUUCAGUCAGGAUAUUUCAUACCAUUGGAUUUCGGGCAUGGUUAUCGUCCGACAAUCACAUAAUUUCAUCGAUUCGUGCCAAUCGUGGAUCAAUGACCAACGAUACGAGUACGAAAUCGACGUCGAAUAUAAGCCGGCAACCAGUCACGAGUGUUUUCACAAAUAUGGGUCAAUGCAUCGUCGGUCUACGAGAAAUUCUCAGCAAGCGGCCGUAACGAAUGCGCCGAACAUUCCCAUGACGAAACACAUCACGACAAUAGCAGCCGCACCGACACCAAUUCUUCAACGACUACGACAGCUGUUCUCAAAUAUGAAAGGACAGCGAAAGUUUCAUCCAAAUUUGACAUAUCAAAUACGUUCCACGACCAGCAUGCAACAGCUAAGUUUGAACUACAUAUCAUUGGGUGGACACAGGAGUUGGGUAACCAAGCUGGCAGAUUUAGAAGAUGCUAAGCUUCACCACCCGAGAAACCUUAGCAGGGGGGAGUGUUACUGCCAGCUACAGUGUGCAGAUGGCACCAGCUUGUUCAUCACAGAUGACACAUCAAAUAUAAACCAACGUCACGCUGAAUUCACGACCCAUAAGGGAUUCAUUCGGAAAUUUCUAUUGAACGGGGCGAACGCGAACAACAAUUCGUCGAACAAAUCAUCGAUCACGCAGCCAGCCAUACAUAAUAGUUAUUUCGUAUCGAAUCAUAGCCGGAGAAUUCCGUCUGUAAAGUAGAUUAUGUGUCGCAUAGUUGUCAAAGUGUAGUCAAACACAAUAUAAUUUUGUAGCUUUCAUCAAGCCCAUUUUUGCAAUAAAUCGUUUGUAUGAUGACCGCUUGACUGCUCACUCAAUUCCCCUGGCUUCACCCUGAUUAACAAGACACAAAUAUCGACAGUCUCUUCCCCGUGGAAUCAACAC